AUGGGUGCUACCCAAGGAUGGGUAGCACCCAACCUGUCCCAGGCAGCUCGGACCCCAUCUAACCCAAAGAAACAGGGAACGUUGGAGAGCCAACAGGCAAAAAGGCGGAACCCUGGACCCCUGGCGGAAGCCCUGUCAGUCUACGGUCAUGCCCAUCUACUUCUCCCAGCCUUCUCCUUUGCUUUUGGGACUAGCCCCUGCUUCAAGGUGUACCGUGCCCUCCGUAAGGCCCGGGCCCAACAGGAAGUGGUGUUCUUCCACCCAGACUACCUGUUUGAGCUGGGCAGGUUCUGGCGUCGUCGAGGGCAACGAGCCCCACGGCUCUCUACUGGUCUGAUGCUGGCCAGCACCGCUCUGGAGAUCUGUGAACAGGUGUUAGUAUGUGUGUGUGUUGCCUCAGAAGAUGUUUCUGUCCAAUCUGAAGUCUAGGGUCACCCCACUCUACGUUUCCAUGUCCAUGUGCCAGCAGUGUUGGGACACAAAGGAUUAAGACAUAGGACCGGCUCAAGCACACGCCACUUGCCUCACACCAGUGCCUACUCCAAAAGGUUCAGACUCCUGACCGCUAAUUGUUACCCUGACCGUCACCCCCUCAUUGAACUGACACAGGAUGUUCACACAUUUCCCAGGGUAGCCAUGCUGCAGAAAGACCUUCCAAAAGGUGUUCAGUCUACUUUGCUCAAGGCUUUGGAGCAGGGGCGUAGCCAGAAAUUCCUCUGUGGGUGGGCUUGCAGAA